UUAGCUUUUGAGAAAGCCGAGAAAAACUAACAAAAAGAGGCGCUUCAAUUCUUCCCCAAUUUCCACCGCACCUUCGUCUCCACUUUCUUACUUGAAGGCUUACCUUCUACAUGAAGGAAACCCCCUCAUCCCGUAUCCUCGGAUGACCACCCCGUUUUCCUUCCCACCGGCCAUGUCACCGGCCGCCACUGGCUCUCUCUCUGCUCCUCCUCCUUUCUUCCCCGAUGCUGACGAACCAGCGGCGUGGUAUGGAAACAUCCAGUACCUCCUUAACAUCUCCGCCGUUGGCGCUGCAUCCUGUCUCCUCCUCUUCCUACUAGUCAAGCUCCGCAGUGACCACGGCAUCCCCGGCCCCUCCGCCCUCGUAACCAAGCUUCUCGCCGUAUACCAUGCCACGGCAUCCCAGAUCGCCCUCCACUGCGGCGCCGACGCGGCCCAGUUCCUCGGCAUCGAGCGCUCCAGCUUCAUCGUCCUUGUUUCACUCUCCGUGAUUGCACUCGUCGUCGCCCUACCUCUCAACCUCUGCGCUGGCGAUGCCCCGAUCGUCGAUCAGUUCACCCGCACCACCAUUUCGCACAUCACCGCAGGUUCGCCCCUCCUGUGGCUCCACUUUUUCCUCAUGGUUUUGGUUGUCGUUGUUGCGCACUUGGGCAUAUGUAGGAUGGAGGAUGAGCUUAGAAUAACGAGGUUCAGGGAUGGCAAUGGAAACCCUAGUGACCCUAAUUCUAACUCUGUUGCUAUAUUCACCAUCAUGAUUCAAGGGAUACCCAAAACGUUAGCCUCAAGUAAAGGUCCUCUGGAAGAGUAUUUUCAGCAUCGUUAUCCCGGUAAGGUCUACCGAGUCGUCGCACCAUUUGAUCUCUGCUCUUUGGACGAUCUAAUUGUACAAUGGACUAAAGUCCAGAACGAAAUUUCUUUGUUAGAAGCUCGGGUGGAUGCUAGAAUUGUGACUGAUUGUGAAGAUGAUGGUUUGAGCUCAGGGAGUGGCAGUCGCAUGUGGAGAAAGUUGAAUGCUAUGUGGGCUGCAAUGGUUUCAAUGUUAGGUUUUACGGAUGAAGAGAGAUUAAGGAAGUUGCAUAACUUGAGGUUGGUUUUGGAGACUAAGCUGUUAGAAUACAAGGAAGGUAGAGCUCCGGGUGCAGGGAUUGCAUUUGUGGUCUUUAAAGAUGUCUAUACCGCAAACAAAGCCGUGAGGGAUUUUCGGACUGACAGGAAGAAGAAGCCAAUAGGUAGGUUCUUUCCAUUGAUGGAGCUUCAGCUUGGGCGGAGCAGUUGGAGAGUUGAGAGGGCUCCACCAGCUACAGAUAUCUAUUGGAACCACUUGGGCUUUAGCAAGCUUUCCUUAGGACUUCGUAGGGUGGCUGUGAACACUUGCCUUGUCGUUAUGCUUCUGUUCUGCAGUUCACCGCUUGCAGUGAUAACUGCAAUGAAAAGUGCUGCAAGAAUUAUUAAUGCGGAAGCCAUGGAUAGUGCAAAAUCAUGGUUUACUUGGCUUGAGGGCUCUAGCUGGUUUGCUGCUGUGAUUCUCCAGUUCUUGCCUAAUGUGCUUAUAUUUGUGAGCAUGUAUAUUAUUAUUCCAUCCGCACUUUCGUAUCUGUCCAAAUUUGAGCGGCAUCUCACAGUUUCUGGGGAGCAGCGAGCCGCAUUAUUGAAGAUGGUUUGCUUCUUUCUGGUGAACCUCAUUCUUUUGCGUGCUCUGGUUGAGUCCUCGCUUGAAAGUGCGUUACUUAGAAUGGGGAGAUGUUACUUGGAUGGUGAAGAUUGCAGGCGUAUUGAGCAGUAUAUGAGCGCAUCUUUUCUGUCCAAGUCAUGUCUUUCUUCUCUUGCAUUUCUGAUCACUAGUACUUUUCUUGGAAUAUCGUUUGAUCUGUUGGCCCCAAUACCUUGGAUAAAGAAGACUUUAAGGAAGUUUCGCAAGAAUGAUAUGCUUCAGCUGGUCCCUGAGCAGAUUGAGGAUUAUCCCAUGGAAAAGAACCCUGAAGAGAUUGAGGGUGAUAAUUUAAGGGCGCCUCUCAUGUCUGAAAGGCAAGACAGUUCAGGUUUGAAUGGAAUUGAUGGGCAUGACCUUUCAAUCUACCCAAUUAAUAGAAGCUUCCAUGUCCCAAAACAGAUGUUUGACUUCGCACAGUACUAUGCUUUCAAUCUUACAAUAUUUGCCCUAACCAUGAUCUAUUCCUUGUUCUCUCCACUUGUGGUUCCCGUGGGAGCGUUUUACUUUGGUUACCGUUUCAUUGUUGACAAAUACAACUUCUUGUUCGUGUACAGAGUUAGAGGCUUCCCAGCUGGCAAUGAUGGGAAGUUGAUGGACAGGGUGUUGUGUAUCAUGCAUUUCUGUGUGAUAUUUUUUUUAUUGGCGAUGCUAUUGUUCUUCUCGGUUCAGGGUGAUUCCACGAAGCUGCAGGCUAUUUUUACCCUUGGCUUGUUGUUCUUUUAUAAGCUAUUGCCUUCCAAAACUGAUGGGUUCCAGACAUCUAUCUUGGAAGCAAUGCAAACUGUUGAUAGCUUAGUUGAUGGUGAAACAGACUACGAAGUGUUCUCAAGACCUGAAUUUGAUUGGGAUUUAUAUCAAUCUUGAGGCAAAGGCUUGCUUCGUUUGUGAUGACCUCGGAUUGCCUGAGCUGGACCAUCUAAGCUUGUGACUGUUCCAAACGUUUGCCUUCUUGUUGCUCGACAAUGAUGAAGGGAGCUCAGAGAAGAAUGAGAGAGUGAAAGGAGACUUCUAGCUUCUUGUUGAGGGAUUCAUACAACCAUCACCUUAUGUUUGGAGAAUUUGUUAUUGUACACUAACUGUACUAGAAAGGCGAAUAUUUACAUGACAUUAAGGUACUAAAUUACUAAUGGCAUCAGAAUGUUGAACUUGGACAACAGAUAUAAGACCUACCAUUACUGGAAAAUAAAAGGCCUAGUGAGAAGCGGAGUUCAAAACGCUUAUCAGGUGAUGGAAAAGGAAAGGAUGCUCAGAAUGCUUUGCGUUUAAUGAGAAACAAAACAAUAUAAGAUGGUAAAAUCUAUGGAAGAUGAGCUUCUUGUACCCAUCUAGUUCUAGGAAGUGGUGGAAGAUUCGGAUUGUGAUUCAGUGCAAGCUAGUCGAUUGACUCAGUGAUAAAGAUGUUCUGCCUCUUAGUAUCUCACUAAAUUAUCAUACCGGUUCGAGCUUUCUUCCAUUGAGUUGCCGCCUUGUUGUAAUUCUGCUGGUAUGUUUCACAAACAAUUGGUUUUUUUUUUUUCAUCUAUGCUGGUGCGUGGAACAAAUAGUCAUAAUUGUUUUGCAUAAAUUCGUUUCUUAACGCGAGUUCAAAAUUUUCUGAGCAA